GUAACAAAAUGUAUUCGCCUAGAAUGAAGGCAAUUUUUAUCAUUUGCGUAUUAAAGGUCUUAGUAAAUACUAACGAUGCAGUCGAUGACAAAAUUACGCUGGAUAACGCCACCACCGAAGAGUACUAUAAUCCCUACGAGGAUGAGCAUCGUUUAAUUUUGUGGAAAAAUUUAUUCAUAAAAGUGAAUACGCUUUUGGCGGAAACGGAUAAAUUGAACAACAAAAUGUUAAAUCUGGAUAAGAAAUUGGAAGACAUUUCCACGAGACAACAGCAAAUGGAGAAGAAUAUGAACAAACUCGAAAUGGACCUUGCCAAUAGCAAAUCAAGCACAGAUCUUAUCAAAAAUUACAUGCAUGAAAUAAAUACAUGGACUACCAUUCUUCGGCGCAUGGAUGGUUCUGUAGAUUUUUAUCGUGGCUGGACGGAUUAUGAAGAAGGUUUUGGCAAUCCACCCGAUGGGGAGUUUUUCAUUGGGUUAGAAAGGCUACAUCAAUUAACCACAGCUGCUCCAGUUGUAAAAUUGAAAAUUAUUCUAAAAACAUGGGAUGACGAAGAGCGUUAUGCACUCUAUGAUGAUUUUCGAAUCGGAAACGCUACGGAAAAAUACAAAAUAAAGGCAUUGGGUGAAUAUAGCGGCAAUGCAGGUGAUAAGCUGAGGUAUCACGUUGGUCAAAAUUUUUCUACUUUUGAUGCGGAUAACGACAAUGCCGAUGGUAACUGUGCCGAGGAAUGGAAAGGUGGCUGGUGGUACAAAAAGUGUCUUGUAAGCAAUUUAACCGGUCGAUAUAAGCAAAAAGAGCAUGCUAAUUCAUCAGGAAUUUUAUGGAACAAUUUGGAAUGGAAGGGCAACUACUAUUCUUUUAAAUAUGCCGAAAUGAUGAUACGUCCGAAGGUGAAUAAUUAGAAAGUGUUAAUUAUUAAAUAAAUAUGUUUGUUAUA